UUAGCUGAGUUCAGUUUCCGUGUUGGCAUUACUGGGAUAUCUGUUUCUACAUCCGGGUUACGGCUCCAGAUCGUGCGUUUUGCGUUUGACUGCCAGUGCCAUCGUGGAAUCGUAGAACCCAACUACAGCAACGGAAGGGAGUAGAGAACAAGAUUGAAACACCAUGGCCGGGGUGUUUCCAUACAGACCCGGGGUUGUUACAAUCCCUGGUCCCCCAGGCGUUACUCCAGAUUAUAUGUCUGAGGAAAAGCUGCAGGAAAAAGCACGAAAAUGGCAACAGUUGCAGGCAAAACGUUAUGCAGAGAAAAGGAAGUUUGGGUUUGUGGAUGCUCAGAAGGAAGACAUGCCCCCAGAGCAUGUACGUAAAAUUAUCCGUGACCAUGGAGACAUGACAAACAGAAAAUUCCGACAUGACAAAAGAGUCUACCUUGGGGCCUUGAAGUAUAUGCCUCAUGCUGUGUUAAAGCUUCUAGAGAACAUGCCAAUGCCAUGGGAACAGAUUCGUGAUGUUCCAGUUUUAUAUCACAUAACUGGUGCAAUCUCAUUUGUCAGUGAGAUUCCUUGGGUGAUUGAACCAGUCUAUAUAGCACAGUGGGGGUCAAUGUGGAUCAUGAUGAGACGAGAAAAGAGAGACAGAAGACAUUUUAAGAGAAUGCGGUUUCCUCCAUUUGAUGAUGAAGAGCCCCCUCUAGAUUACGCUGAUAACAUUCUUGAUGUGGAGCCCCUGGAAGCCAUUCAGCUGGAGCUGGAUCAAGAAGAAGAUAGCCCAGUCCUUGACUGGUUCUACGAUCACCAACCUCUACGAGACAAUAGAAAGUAUGUAAAUGGUUCAACAUAUCAGCGCUGGCAAUUCACCCUUCCAAUGAUGUCUACGCUAUAUCGAUUGGCCAAUCAGCUGCUCACAGAUCUGGUGGAUGAUAACUAUUUUUACCUUUUUGACUUAAAGGCUUUCUUCACAUCUAAGGCUUUAAACAUGGCAAUUCCAGGAGGGCCUAAAUUUGAGCCUCUUGUUAGAGAUAUUAAUUUGCAGGAUGAAGAUUGGAAUGAAUUUAAUGAUAUCAACAAAAUUAUCAUAAGACAGCCAAUCCGAACAGAAUACAAGAUUGCUUUUCCUUAUUUGUACAACAACCUCCCUCAUCAUGUACAUCUGACAUGGUAUCACACCCCAAAUGUUGUCUUCAUUAAAACUGAAGAUCCAGAUUUGCCAGCUUUUUACUUUGAUCCACUCAUCAACCCUAUAUCUCACCGGCACUCUGUGAAGAGCCAGGAGCCUUUACCAGAUGAUGACGAGGAAUUUGAAUUGCCCGACUAUGUGGAACCUUUUCUUAAAGAGACACCUCUGUACAGUGAUAACACAGCCAAUGGAAUUGCUUUGCUUUGGGCUCCGCGUCCUUUUAAUUUAAGGUCUGGCAGAACAAGGAGAGCUGUUGACAUUCCCUUGGUGAAAAACUGGUACCGUGAACAUUGUCCUGCAGGGCAGCCAGUUAAAGUUCGUGUUUCCUACCAGAAACUGCUAAAAUACUAUGUGCUCAAUGCUCUCAAGCACAGACCACCUAAAGCUCAGAAGAAACGGUAUCUUUUCCGGUCAUUCAAAGCUACAAAGUUUUUCCAGUCGACAAAGCUGGAUUGGGUGGAAGUUGGGCUGCAAGUUUGUCGUCAAGGCUAUAACAUGCUUAAUUUGCUGAUUCACCGAAAGAAUCUCAACUAUCUUCACUUGGAUUACAAUUUCAACUUGAAGCCAGUGAAAACUCUGACCACAAAGGAACGUAAGAAAUCUCGAUUCGGUAAUGCCUUCCAUUUGUGCCGAGAAGUUCUGCGUCUUACAAAACUAGUUGUGGACAGCCAUGUGCAGUACAGACUGGGAAAUGUGGAUGCUUUUCAGUUGUCAGAUGGGUUGCAGUACAUUUUUGCACACGUGGGGCAGCUGACUGGAAUGUACAGAUAUAAAUACAAACUUAUGAGACAGAUCCGUAUGUGCAAAGACUUGAAGCAUCUUAUAUAUUACAGGUUUAACACAGGGCCUGUGGGAAAAGGACCAGGAUGUGGGUUCUGGGCAGCAGGCUGGAGAGUCUGGCUCUUCUUUAUGCGUGGGAUUACCCCAUUGUUGGAAAGGUGGCUUGGAAACCUAUUGGCCAGACAGUUUGAAGGUCGUCAUUCCAAAGGAGUAGCUAAAACUGUGACAAAACAGAGAGUGGAGUCUCAUUUUGAUCUGGAGCUCAGAGCAGCAGUAAUGCAUGACAUUUUGGAUAUGAUGCCAGAAGGUAUUAAGCAAAACAAGGCUCGCACUAUCCUACAGCACUUGAGUGAAGCAUGGAGAUGCUGGAAGGCCAACAUUCCCUGGAAGGUUCCUGGUCUUCCAACACCAAUUGAGAACAUGAUUCUGCGUUACGUAAAAGCAAAAGCUGAUUGGUGGACAAACACUGCGCAUUACAACAGGGAACGUAUUCGACGUGGAGCCACCGUUGACAAAACUGUAUGCAAGAAGAAUCUUGGGCGUCUGACACGUUUGUACCUUAAAGCUGAACAGGAGCGGCAGCACAACUACCUGAAGGAUGGGCCUUAUAUUACUGCAGAAGAGGCAGUAGCUGUUUACACAACCACUGUGCACUGGUUGGAGAGCAGGAGAUUUUCCCCCAUUCCUUUUCCUCCUCUCUCAUACAAGCAUGACACUAAGCUACUUAUUCUGGCUCUGGAGCGGCUGAAGGAAGCAUACAGUGUUAAGUCCCGUUUGAAUCAAUCUCAAAGAGAGGAGUUGGGUUUAAUUGAACAGGCGUAUGACAACCCGCAUGAAGCCUUGUCCAGGAUCAAGCGUCACCUGCUUACUCAAAGAGCGUUCAAAGAGGUUGGAAUUGAGUUUAUGGAUCUCUACAGUCAUUUGGUUCCUGUUUAUGAUGUGGAACCUUUGGAGAAGAUCACUGAUGCUUACUUGGAUCAGUACUUGUGGUAUGAAGCUGACAAGAGACGACUUUUUCCUCCAUGGAUUAAGCCUGCUGAUACAGAGCCUCCACCAUUGCUGGUUUACAAGUGGUGCCAAGGCAUCAACAACCUGCAAGAUGUGUGGGAAACCAUUGAGGGUGAAUGCAAUGUAAUGUUGGAGUCACGCUUUGAAAAGAUGUAUGAAAAAAUUGACUUGACGUUGCUGAAUCGUCUUUUACGUCUUAUUGUUGAUCACAACAUUGCUGAUUACAUGACUGCAAAAAACAACGUGGUGAUAAAUUACAAAGACAUGAAUCACACUAACUCUUACGGCAUUAUCCGUGGUCUCCAGUUUGCUUCCUUCAUUGUUCAGUACUAUGGUCUGGUAAUGGAUCUAUUAGUGCUUGGAUUGCACAGAGCCAGUGAGAUGGCUGGUCCUCCUCAGAUGCCAAAUGACUUUCUUAGUUUCCAAGAUGUUGCCACUGAAUCUGCUCAUCCGAUCCGUCUGUUCUGCAGAUACAUUGACCGCAUUCACAUCUUUUUCAGAUUUUCAGCUGAUGAGGCUCGGGACCUUAUCCAAAGAUACCUUACAGAACAUCCUGAUCCCAAUAAUGAGAACAUUGUAGGCUACAAUAACAAGAAGUGCUGGCCUAGGGAUGCCAGGAUGCGACUUAUGAAGCAUGAUGUAAAUCUAGGACGUGCUGUGUUUUGGGACAUAAAAAAUCGUCUGCCACGUUCUGUUACAACUGUACAGUGGGAGAACAGUUUUGUGUCUGUCUACAGCAAAGAUAAUCCCAAUUUGUUGUUCAACAUGUGUGGCUUUGAAUGCCGUAUCCUUCCUAAAUGUCGCACCAGCUAUGAAGAAUUCACACACAAGGAUGGAGUGUGGAACCUACAAAACGAAGUGACAAAGGAGCGCACUGCACAAUGCUUUCUAAGGGUGGAUGAUGAAUCUAUGCAGAGAUUCCACAACAGAGUUCGUCAGAUUCUUAUGGCUUCUGGUUCCACAACCUUUACUAAGAUUGUGAACAAGUGGAACACUGCUUUGAUUGGCCUGAUGACCUAUUUCCGUGAGGCAGUGGUCAACACUCAGGAACUACUUGACCUUUUGGUGAAAUGUGAGAACAAGAUUCAAACUAGAAUAAAGAUUGGUCUGAACUCCAAAAUGCCAAGCAGAUUCCCACCUGUGGUAUUCUACACUCCAAAGGAACUUGGAGGCUUAGGAAUGCUGUCCAUGGGCCAUGUGCUGAUUCCACAGUCUGACCUUAGGUGGUCCAAGCAAACGGAUGUUGGUAUCACCCACUUCCGUUCUGGUAUGAGUCACGAGGAGGAUCAGCUAAUUCCAAAUCUCUACCGUUAUAUUCAACCAUGGGAGAGUGAGUUCAUUGACUCCCAGCGAGUCUGGGCUGAAUAUGCCCUAAAGAGGCAGGAGGCCAUUGCACAGAACAGGCGCUUGACACUGGAAGAUUUGGAAGAUUCAUGGGAUAGAGGUAUACCCCGAAUUAAUACACUUUUCCAGAAGGACAGGCAUACACUGGCUUAUGACAAGGGCUGGAGAGUUCGGACAGACUUCAAACAGUACCAGGUACUGAAACAAAACCCUUUCUGGUGGACACAUCAGCGUCAUGACGGAAAGCUGUGGAAUCUCAACAACUACCGUACAGAUAUGAUCCAGGCUCUUGGGGGUGUUGAGGGAAUUCUGGAACACACCCUUUUCAAAGGCACAUAUUUUCCUACAUGGGAAGGUCUUUUCUGGGAGAAAGCCAGUGGUUUUGAGGAGUCCAUGAAGUGGAAGAAAUUGACUAAUGCUCAGAGAUCUGGUUUGAAUCAGAUUCCAAACAGAAGAUUCACUCUUUGGUGGUCUCCAACCAUCAACAGAGCCAAUGUGUACGUUGGGUUCCAGGUGCAGUUGGAUUUGACUGGCAUUUUUAUGCAUGGCAAGAUUCCCACAUUAAAGAUCUCCUUGAUUCAGAUCUUCAGGGCCCACUUGUGGCAGAAGAUCCAUGAAAGCAUUGUCAUGGAUUUGUGUCAGGUGUUUGACCAGGAGCUGGAUGCUUUGGAAAUUGAGACUGUUCAGAAGGAAACCAUCCACCCCAGGAAGUCCUACAAGAUGAACUCUUCUUGUGCAGAUAUUUUGCUUUUUGCUUCUUAUAAGUGGAAUGUGUCCCGUCCCUCCUUGCUUGCCGAUUCCAAAGAUGUAAUGGACAGCACCACCACACAGAAAUACUGGAUUGAUAUUCAGCUGAGGUGGGGAGACUAUGACUCUCAUGACAUAGAGAGAUACGCCCGAGCCAAGUUCCUGGAUUACACCACUGAUAACAUGAGUAUCUACCCCUCUCCAACUGGUGUUCUGAUUGCUAUAGAUCUGGCCUACAACCUUCACAGUGCCUAUGGUAAUUGGUUCCCUGGAGGCAAACCCCUGAUACAGCAAGCAAUGGCAAAAAUAAUGAAAGCCAACCCUGCCCUUUAUGUACUGCGUGAACGCAUCCGCAAGGGAUUACAGCUGUAUUCAUCUGAACCCACUGAACCUUACCUCUCUUCUCAGAACUAUGGAGAACUGUUCUCCAAUCAAAUCAUUUGGUUUGUGGAUGAUACAAAUGUAUACAGAGUCACCAUCCAUAAGACCUUUGAAGGUAACUUGACAACAAAGCCAAUCAAUGGUGCAAUUUUCAUCUUCAACCCAAGAACUGGACAACUUUUCCUAAAAAUUAUUCACACUUCUGUGUGGGCUGGACAAAAGCGAUUGGGACAGCUGGCCAAGUGGAAAACUGCAGAAGAAGUAGCUGCUUUAAUUAGGUCUUUGCCAGUGGAGGAACAGCCUAAGCAAAUCAUUGUUACUAGGAAGGGCAUGUUGGAUCCUCUUGAGGUGCACUUGCUGGAUUUCCCUAAUAUUGUGAUCAAAGGAUCUGAACUGCAGCUGCCUUUCCAGGCCUGUCUAAAAGUGGAGAAAUUUGGUGAUCUCAUCUUAAAGGCCACAGAGCCUCAGAUGGUUCUCUUCAAUCUUUAUGAUGACUGGCUGAAGACCAUAUCUUCAUAUACGGCGUUCUCUCGUUUGAUUUUGAUUCUACGAGCUUUACAUGUCAACAAUGACCGUGCAAAAGUGAUCCUGAAGCCUGACAAAACCACAAUUACAGAACCUCACCAUAUCUGGCCGACUCUCACAGAUGAAGAAUGGAUAAAGGUUGAGGUUCAGCUAAAGGAUCUUAUCUUGGCAGACUAUGGCAAAAAGAACAAUGUGAAUGUGGCUUCCCUCACACAGUCUGAAAUCAGAGACAUUAUACUGGGUAUGGAAAUAUCUGCUCCCUCUCAACAAAGACAGCAAAUUGCAGAGAUUGAAAAGCAAACAAAGGAGCAGUCACAACUUACUGCCACACAAACACGUACGGUCAACAAACAUGGAGAUGAGAUCAUCACCUCCACUACAAGCAACUACGAGACACAAACGUUCUCCUCCAAGACAGAAUGGCGUGUCAGGGCAAUAUCUGCUGCAAAUCUUCACCUCCGAACCAACCACAUCUAUGUAUCUUCAGAUGACAUUAAGGAGACUGGCUAUACUUACAUUUUGCCCAAAAAUGUGCUAAAAAAAUUCAUCUGCAUCUCUGAUCUGAGAGCCCAGAUUGCAGGUUAUCUGUAUGGUGUUAGUCCUCCUGAUAACCCUCAGGUGAAGGAGAUUCGCUGUAUUGUUAUGGUACCUCAAUGGGGAACCCAUCAGACUGUUCAUCUCCCUACCCAAUUGCCACAACAUGAGUAUCUCAAGGAAAUGGAACCUUUAGGGUGGGUUCAUACUCAGCCAAAUGAGUCUCCUCAGCUGUCCCCUCAAGAUGUCACUACACAUGCUAAAGUCAUGGCGGAUAACCCUGCUUGGGAUGGAGAAAAAACAAUAAUCAUUACGUGCAGUUUCACACCAGGUUCAUGUACGCUGACAGCUUAUAAACUGACACCCAGUGGAUAUGAAUGGGGACGUCAAAAUACAGAUAAGGGAAACAAUCCAAAAGGGUACCUUCCAUCUCACUAUGAGCGAGUUCAGAUGCUGCUAUCUGAUCGUUUCCUUGGUUUCUUCAUGGUACCAGCACAGGCAUCCUGGAACUACAACUUCAUGGGUGUUCGACAUGACCCCAACAUGAAGUAUGAGUUGCAGCUGGCCAAUCCCAAGGAGUUUUACCAUGAAGUUCACAGGCCGUCUCACUUCCUGAAUUUUGCCCUGUUGCAAGAGGGUGAGGUGUAUUCAGCUGACCGUGAAGAUCUGUAUGCAUAAGUGCUGCAUAUGAAUAUACUGAGGACUUUAUCACUGUUGAUAUUCAACAUAUGGAUUUUAGCACAGGUUGAAGAUCCCUCCAGCUUUCUUCAUGCCUCAUUACCUGGCUCAUUUUGUGUUUCAGAUUUUUGGUUCCUCUGGCUUCAACUGUAGAAAUUGUAUGGAUAUCUGUAUUGUGAAUAUGUUUUUGAAGGCAUUGUGUCCUUAACAAUUUUGAUCUAAUAAAUUUUUUUUAUAAA